CACAGUCUCAACUUUCCACAGAAGCAUGUCUGAUGCCUUAAGUUGUCUUUCUCGCAGCCUCAGCCUACCGCAAGGCAUCCAGCCUAUUCCGCGGAAAUCCCAAUCGCCUUGAACCCCGCCAAUUCAUGGUCCAGGAAAAAUUAUGCUCAUGCACACGCACAUCCUACCUCAUUCGCACGACAUCUUGUUCUCGCAGCCCUGUGCCUCUUCCCUUCCACUAAAUCCGAUUGUUUUUACAUAAUGCUUGGCCUCCCAUUCGUCAUGCCGCAGUUCUCAUUACCCUCAUCAUUUCCUCGAACCUUUCCCCUCUCAACCAAAGUUGUGCCCAUUUACGGCAACCUUUUGCCCAACGCGAGGUAGGACUGGCUACUGGCGGAGCAGCGGCGCCACUCUCGAUCCAGGUAACCCGCCGAACAAGACGCGAUGCUGUCCCUUCUGGCUAGCAGACCGUCAAGGCUCGUUGAUGGUAGGAGCGGAUGGAUCUCGGAGCUUGUGUCGUUCACACGGUCACUGUCAUGUACCUCGCUGCAACCCGAUUCCUCCGGCUGACGGAAGCCAUACGAGAGGAGAAAAUCGCAGAACUGUCCAGUAGACGUACUUUUACAUAUGAAAUCGAGAGACCACGCUGUACCUCCUGACUUCGUCCACGGCUCGAGGUUUCCCCUGUUCCCCUUUCCGUAUUCUGCGCAAUUUGUCACUCAUUGGCCUGUCCUGCGUAUUCGCGCAAUGGCCAUUCGCCUCUUUGGAAAGCGAAGGCGUUUUGGUAGAGGGGACAUUCACUUCGACAUAGACGAACAUCUGAAUCAGUACCUGCCGCCAAAUCCAAUCAAGGGCCUUCCGCGUUGGGUGGCACGAUUUCUUGGGUAUAGAGAAGAGCCGGCGAAGGAGCUUGGGAACAUCCUCAUUUCGCUGUGGGCGCUUUUAGGGGCCUUCGUGGGCCUGUUACUUGUCGCGUCAGUGUAUAGAUACGGUCUGUCAAACUAUCACCUUCCCGUUCUGUUCGCGUCUCUGGGCGCUACUGCUAUAUUAGACUACAACACAAUUCAGUCACCGCUAGCGCAACCGCGGGCAGCGAUUGUCGGACAUGGACUCUCUGCAGUCGUGGGUGUUGGCAUCGCUAAGCUUUAUAUGCUAUCGUCCAAUUAUGAGAAUCUGAGAUGGAUUGCAGGACCAACAGCAUGCGGUGUCGCAUCGUUUGUCAUGUCCAUGACAGGCACGGUACAUCCACCCGGCGGCGCCACAGCAGUUCUCGCAGCAGUCGAUCCGACGACGGAGGAGCUCGGUUGGAUGUUCGUGCCCUUCAUCUUGCUCGGCAGCGUGUUCAUGUUCUGCGUUGCAUGUUUGAUUAACAACAUCCAGCGCCAAUUCCCAGUUUUCUGGUGGUCGCCACGCGAGACUGGAUCCUGGUGGAAAAAGGAGAGUAGAAAAGAACAGGAUGUCGAGAAGAUUGAACCUGUGGAAGAGAAGACGGAAGAAGUGAUUGAAGAAAUGGUCACGCGACGCAGGGUCUCACAUGUGAUGGAGACUGCAGGGUUCAAGGAGAUGAUUAUCCUGACACCGGACAAGAUCAUGAUGCCGGAGGGGUUCUAUCUCGACUAUCCGACGGCACAAAUCCUGCAGGUCCUAAGGAGACAGCUUCGAGAGUGGCACGAAGAAAUACCCGACAAUGAACAGCAAAAUCAGCGGGAAGCAGCGGCGAGUUACCUAAGUUGCGGAAGCGAGGCUACUCGUGUUGAUCACAAACAUGACAGCUCGUUGGACGAUCCUGCAUAACCGAAUAGGCUUCCUACGACAGGCACGAAUUUCAUUGGCAUGCCUUGGAACGAAUCAUUUCCUCCGAAGCACUUUCAUCGCUGAUAGGCUGCUCCCUAUAGCAUUUAUUUUCCCGGCGUGUAAUACUUGUUUGAUAUCGCAUGGCAUCUUGUUUGCGGACAUACUCCUUAGAGACUGGCUUUAUGACUUGAGCAGUCAUAAAGACUGCAGCACAUAGAAGAAAGAGAAGAUUUGACUAGCCCCACUGGUGCCAUUUUAUUAAACUUGUCCGGCGAGUGUUGCUCGCAUUUUCCUCAUUUGACUCGCUUCUUAGGCUUCACAAUAUUAAGAUCACAGCAAAGAUCAAAUCUUGACCGAGCAGCAUAGUAAUAAUACGGUGUAGCUUCUGUGCCUUCCGUCCAUAAUCCUGUCUAAAUGUCACUUUCUUGGAG